AUGAUCGCGCGUGUGGGCGCUUUGCGGAGCGCACGGGCAAUUGGCGCGAGACAUGGUGGACGACGGGUGGCGUCGACGAGUACGAGCACGAAUGGCCAAGCGAGAGCGCCGAGUCCAGUCCGUGGAGGAGUACCAUCGCGUCCGAAAGGCUGGACGAGAGGCGACAAGACCGCGUUCAAUCACGAUGCAACGAUCUAUGCCUUGUCUUCUGCGCCCGGACGUGCAGCGAUAGCAGUCAUUCGUGUCUCGGGACCCGCGUGCCUGCAUGUCUAUGAGGCAUUCUGUCCGGGCAAGAACCAUCCAAAGCCGCGCUUGGCGACCGUAAGAAGCCUCUACGCGCCUGGGCAGCACCUCGCCCCCGACUCUAUCCUUGAUUCUUCGGCGCUGCUGCUAUACUUUCCUGCUCCACGCACAGCGACUGGUGACGACAUUCUAGAGCUUCAUCUACACGGCGGCCCAGCCAUAGUCAAAGCGGUGCUGGCUGCCAUCUCCAAAUGUUCAAGCGCGACCUUCCCCCUCCGAUAUGCUGAGCCUGGCGAGUUCACGCGGCGAGCAUUCAUGAACAGCCGGCUGGAUCUCACCCAGGUCGAGGCUUUGGGAGACACCCUGGCCGCAGAUACAGAGCAACAGCGCCGACUUGCAAUGCGCGGAACGGCCGGCUCCCUUGCGAAGCAGUACGAGACAUGGCGAGAAAUGCUUCUGUGUGCUCGUGGAGAGCUCGAAGCCCUCAUUGACUUUAGCGAAGAUCAGCAUUUCGACGAAAGCCCGAAUGAGCUUAUGGAGUCUGUCGCACAGCAAGUCCAAGUUCUGCAACAAGCAUUGCGAGUGCACAGCCAAAAUGCAGUCCGGGGUGAGCUGCUCAGGCACGGAAUUGGCAUUGCUUUACUCGGUGCCCCAAAUGCAGGCAAAAGCUCCCUGCUCAAUCGUAUAGUCGGCCGCGAAGCUGCCAUCGUCAGCCACGAAGCCGGCACGACCCGAGAUAUCGUGGAGGUCGGCGUUGACAUUGGUGGUUAUUUCUGUCGUUUCGGCGACACUGCUGGUCUGCGCCGGGCAAUGCCGGCAGCCGUACCAGGAGAGCAGGGAAAGUCCGCAGAAGUCAUCAAUAGAAUUGAGCAAGAAGGCAUGAGACGGGCGAAAGAGAGAGCGGCUGACAGUGACCUGGUCAUUGUAGUCUUUGGCUUCGAAGACACAAGCAAAGCUGGUUCGCUGCCUAAAUUGAACCUGGACGCCGACGUCACAGCAGUCGCGAAGAAACUAAUCCUGGAAAAGGACAACGUCGUAAUCAUCUUGAACAAAUCCGAUCUGGUGAGGAACGAAUCUGCACGAGCGGAAGCCAAACGAGCAGUUCUAAAAGACUUCCCAUCUCUCAACGAGGAUUCUGUACAUCUCCUGUCGUGCACCGAUGCGCAAACCACAAGUUCGGGACAGCUUCAGUCAAAUGUACGGUCAGCCGGCACAGAAGAGAUGGAUCCAGGAGGGAUACAAGCGUUUCUGGCAGGCCUGAUUCGGCAAUUCGAAAAGCUGACUGCAGCUUUGGCCCCGGUAGGCGAUGAUGAUGAUGAUGAUGCAGCAGGAUUCGCGCCCGCAGCCCAUGCCGAUCUUUCUAUUUGGCAGGAAUCUCUUGGCGCUAGCGAGAGGCAUCGCGUUUUGCUCGAGGAGUGCGUCAGCCAUCUCAAUGCCUUCCUUCGGGAGGCUCAUCCCGAAACUUCCCUUCCUGUUGGUGCGCACGAUGAUGACGACGAUUUCAAUCGGAAUCAAGUGGGCGAAGCAGAGGCAGAUAUUGUUGUUGCGGCAGAGCAUUUACGAGCAGCGGCGGAGUGUUUGGGAAAGAUCACUGGUCGAGGCCAAGCGGGCGAUGUGGAAGAAGUGUUAGGUGUUGUUUUCGAGAAGUUCUGUGUAGGCAAAUGA